CCCUCACACAUCUCACAGCAUAUAUGGUAUAUUAUAUAUAUAUAUAUAUAUAUAUAUAUAUAUACAUACAUACAUACAGGUAAAUUAAUAUAAGAAAUGGCUGUUUUUUAUUUUCCUAAAUAAAGGUGAUUCAGGAAGUACAUAAUAUAAGUUGUGAAACUAUUGUAUGGAAUUCUUACUUUUAAACAGUCUUAGUUGUUUCAAUAUGAAUAAGUAUAAAGAUAUUUUAUACAAAAUAUUUUAUAAAAAUAUUUUAUACUUAUUCAUAAGUAAAAAAUAUGUUUGACUCCAAGGGGAUCAUAGGUGUUCCUAGCAAAUUGAUGGAUUGUUUAAAAUUAACAAUCAAAGAUUUUCAUAACAGCAGUCCUUUUUUCUUAUAACUUUAUUGUGAUUAUGAAGUCUUUUGGGAGCAUUCAAAUUAUUCCCAGAUGGCAGUGAUCAGGACCAAAUCAAGUGGGGUCCAAACACAAGAGGGGAUUUGUGGGGUUCCCAGUCAAUAAAACGCAAACAGCAAAUGUUGCUGCUUUUCACAAUUUAAUUUUAUAAAAUGAAGGAUAGAACAAAUGUAUCGCUCUGGUAAGUGUGAUGAUUUUGGCUCGUCACCUGUGUUGACAUGUUAGAGACUGUACAGUUAAUUGAUUCAUAAAUCGAUGAAUCGAUGGCCAAUACUACAGUUUUUGCUUCAGUAAGUCUUUUUUGGAUGUGAACGCGCAAUAUGUUUUAUAUUUUAUUAGUAUUUGAUCAUAUAUACUAUUUAAAAAUGUUAGAAGUUUAACUGAAAGUUAGUGACUGAGACGUAUUUCUGCACCCUGAGGUGCAGCGAAUGGUUUUCCCGACGUCACAAUGACGUCACACAAACGAAGACAAACUCUACAACUCCAAACAGCUGAACGAAACUAACGAGUGAAACCCGCAGUUGUUUUCUUAAUGUGUUUCAUGACAGCUUAUUUUUUGGAAUCUUCGGGAGUCAAGUCCAAAAAAUAAAAUAAAAAAAGAUCUAACUAAUUAGACGUGCUGUUAUCAGUUUGACAGCCCGCAGCAUCUGCUAACAGCAGCUAGGCUAACCGGCGAGCUAACAGCGGCAGACCGUUGGGACGGUCAGGUGAGCCGGGUUGGAGCGAAAGGAUUCUGCCUCUUAUGGGGGAGCUCUGAAGAAGGCCGGGCGACUUUAAAUAAUUAGGGCGGAACAGAUGAUUGCCCUAACGACGGACACAUAGAGUAUCCGGCAUUUAAGGGACUUUCCGUCAAGCUAACGUCAACUGCGCGGUCGGCUCACACUUCAGCUAACUGCAACUAGCAGCAGCUCAGCCUCGGCUCGUCAAAGGACCACUUUAGAGGUGUUUUUUUGGGGGGGUGCGGUGUGUGGGGGGACCAACGGAUGCCAAGCAGUCCCGUGGCGAGCCGUACCUGCCCGGCUAACGAAGACAACGCACCGGCUCGAGCGUUCGGCUCCGCCAUGUCACGUCGACACCGGUACGAGUCGGAGUCCGACGUCGGCCCGACCGUUAAAAGCUUAGCGCUGUGCAGCCGGGACGAGGCGGAGCGAGCGGCGUCCCUGGAGGAGCUCAGCCGGCGGGUUCUGGCUUGUUUGGGAGCGGGCCGGCCCGGUUCGAUGCAGCUGAGUAAACCGACGCUCUUACAUCUGCUUCUGCUGUCUCGGUCGUGUCCACUGGAGGAGGUCCGAGAGAGAGCGACCGAGCUGCUGCGCACCGCACAGGAACAAGGAGUCGAAGUACCUCGGGCGCUGUCAUCAGGCCCAAGUGUCUUUAUUCCUGCAAAGGAGAUGUUGAAAGAAGUUGCCGACCAGGACGUCCUCACUGAGUCUUUCCUUUCAACGGGCCGCGUGGACCACAUCACCAUGGUGAUGGCAAUGCACCCUGCCUACCUGAGCUGCUUCCUCAGGACCCAACAUGCUUUGUUGGAGAUGGACGGCCCCUUGCCCCAUGACUGGAGACAUUACAUCGCUGUUAUGGCCGCGGCUCGGCAUCACUGCUCGUACCUGGUGCAGCAGCACAGCGCCGGCUUCCUGGACGCCGGGGGGGAGGAGAGCUGGCUGAGUGGCCUCCAGCACGCCCCCACCAAACUGCGCAGCCUGCAGACACUCAACAAGCUGCUGGCACACAGACCCUGGCUCAUCACGCAGCAGCACAUCCAGGAGCUGGUGUGUCCCGGAGCCGAGCCUCGCUGGUCACUGGCUGAACUCAUACACGCUGUGAUCCUCAUGGCUCACGCUCACUCUCUCUGCUCGUUCGGGUGGGGAUGCGGCUUAAACCCUGAGCCCGACCACAUCGGAGGUUAUACUUUCCAACUUCCGUCGCCCAGUCACCUACCUCGAAGCCCGCACAGCCCCCUGGCUCACGAGGAUGGAAGGCAAGAGUUGGGUGAAGGAGCAAUGGAGGUGGAGGUGUUGAUGCAGAAGAUGGUGGAGCUGCAGCAGCAGGAGGAAGAGUGCACACAGGAGGAGAUGGUGACUCGCUUUGAGAGGGAGAGGAGCGAGAGCAUACCGACCACUGUCGUGCGAGAAGCACCGCCCGAUCUGCUGCUGCGUCUGGUGGAGGAUCCAGAGUUCAGAUACGAGGACUUUGCCCCCAAAGGAGAGCAGUCCCCUCCCACCAUGCGAGCUCAGGACUAUUCGUGGGAGGACCACGGCUUCUCUCUGGUCAACAGACUACUGCCAGACAUGGGCCAGCUUCUGGAUGAAAAAUUCCAGGUAGUGAGCAACUUGACCUACCACAGGAUGGCGAUGCACGAAGGUGUGGACACUCACACUCUGAGAAAAGCUCUCUGGAACUACAUCCACUGUCUGUACGGGAUACGCUACGACGAUUAUGACUACGGCAGCGUGAACGUGCUGUUGGAGCGCUCUCUGAAGGUCUUUGUUAAAACCAUGGCCUGUCAUCCCGAGCAGACCACGGCUCGCGUUUACCACGCAUUCUGGAGACACUUCAGGCACUCCGAAAAGGUCCAUGCGAACCUGAUAGUGAUGGAAGCUCGGCUACAGGCAGCCCUUCUUUAUACUUUACGAGCCAUCACGCACUACAUGAGAUGAGCCCACUCGCCUGCACACGUUUUUGCAAAUGCUGAGCCCGCUGAGACGUACCGCAACCCAAUGCUGAACACACACACACACUGUACACUACAGCGAAUAGUGUUAAUGUUUUGAUGCUGCUUUGCACUGGACUGUCUGAUAUUCAAAACUUGUUACGUAUUUGCACUGAAAUGAAUCAGGUUGUUUCCCCCAGUUGAGCCUCAAGUGUUGAUGAGAAUAUCUUGCACAUGUUUCUGUCACACACACACACACACACACACCUCUCAUCGUGAUCGAAGUGUUUAUUUUACUUGAGGUCAAUAAUCGCCCACAGAUACCAGCUGUUCACCACACAUUGACUACUUGUGCCUCAUUCCUCUGUUUGUAGCAUGCAGAGGCUGACAUGAAAAAAUAUAAAAUAACGUAUUUUUAUAAAUAAUAAAAAGUUACUUUAUCAAAAUUGAA